AUGAAAUUUCGACGGAUACGGUUUGAGUCUUUUCUUGUUAGUCCCGAAUUGAUGCCUGUGCAGACACCCACUGUGGCGAGAGGUUUAGGAAGUGGAGUUCCGGUUUCGAAACGUCGGAUUGAUUCAUCGACGGGAAAGAUAAAUAAGCGAAAGUCGCGGGCGGCGAUGACGACGUUCAUCACAGCAGAUCCGGCGAAUUUCCUACAGAUGAUGAAGCAGCAGCAGCCUUCUGAUUUGCUCCAUGGCCUGCAGUUGCUGAUACUCGGGCCAAAAUGUGAAGGAGAAGAGGAAGAAGAAGAAGAAGAAGAAGAAGAAGAGAAGGACUUGGAAGGUCAGCACAAGCAAAGCAAUUUACAGGAAGUUGUCAUUGAUGAUAAAAUAUCUUCGUCUGCCACAGAAUUGAGAAAAGUUGGUAUACAUUUCAGGACUCUAAGGCGAGGUUAUGGAAGCAGAGGAAUCAGUUUCUCAAAUAGUAUUUGGCGUUGCAAGGCAUAUCCGAUUCUUUACUUGCCUCCUUUUUUGGUCGGAGAUGAUACAGAGACUAAGUUAAUGUUUCAACGUCUCAGAGACUAUGAAAUCAGUCAAAAACUUGACAAAAGCAAACAGGAGGUUAGCUCCUAUUUGUUGUUUAUGAGCGAGCUGAUACGUACGCCUGAUGAUGCCAAACUCUUUGGCUCCAAAGGUAUCGUUCAAGCAAAUCAUCUUCAACAAAAACGCAAGCUGCCAGAACUCUUAAGAAGACUAGCUCCCGAGAAAAGCUAUAAUCAAAACCUUCGCCACGUAAAACUUCAAACUAGCGAUUAUUCUCCCCCACUUUGGACAAAAUACUGGCAAAUUAUUAGUUUUGCCUUCAUUUUAACAAUACUGCAAACUGUUUACACCAUUCUCCCAUAUUACAAAAGCUAG